AUGUCUAGUCAAUUUGCUAAUUUACAAGAUUAUAUUGCUAGUUUACCGGCUAAUGUGAUACAGAAUAUUUAUGGACAUCCGGCUAGUUGCUUAGCUAUAUUUCGUGAUUUACCAGUACUUGCGAGAACCAUUAUCAUGAGAUUUAUUUGUUUACCUAAUUCAGAAACAACUGGACAACCGCAACCCAUCAGUCAAGGCGUUGUCUCGUCAUGGAUUAAUCCAUCGCAUCAAAAUACCUAUCAAGUAAUCAGUCGAAUGCUUGUUAAAUUAAGUAUAUGGAAUGAAAUUGGUACAGAUUGGCAGUUGGAUGCUACAUUUAGAAAUAAUUUAACUGGUGCUAUUUUUGGCGGGACAACUAAUUGGCUUGAUGAAACCGAUUCAUCAACUGUCCCUACUGAACGUAAUAUUAAAAAAAUCGACGAACUCAAUCUGUAUUCGUCCAAUCGGUGGGAUUGCGUUUUACAAUACCUUGUAAAUCCCGAUAGGGGACAAAUUACUCGUGAUACGAUUGAUGUGUUUGUUCAUGCUAAACUACUCAAACGAAACGAAGAUACUUCUUCAUCCAGUACUGAUCCUUAUACAAUAACAGGUGCUGGUUUUCAAUUUUUACUGAUGAAUCGACGGUCACAAGUGUGGUUUUUUAUUAUUAAUUCAUUAGAAACACGCCAACUACGCGGCGAAGACAUCAGUGAAAAUUUAAUAUUUUUAUUUCAACUUAGCUUUGCAACAUUUGGCAAAGAUUAUUCAUGUGAAAAAUUUAGUGUAGCCAAAGAAAAUUUUCUGCAGCAUCUUCGUGAGCUUGGCCUUAUUUGGCAGAAAACGAGAAAAAUCAAACGUUAUUUUCCAACAAAACUUGCUAUUGAACUUGCAUCGGGUUUAUCAGCAAGUUCAUUUACUGAUUGUCAAUUGGGCAAUGAUGAAAUUCAAUCUGGUUUUCUUAUAGUUGAAACAAACUACCGUGUUUAUGCAUAUACAAAUAAUGAUUUAUACUUAAGAAUUAUUGCACUAUUUUGUAAGAUGCUCUACAGAUUUCCAAAUAUGAGUGUUGGAGUUGUUACUAGGCAAAGUGUUCGAAGAGCUUUAAGCAAAGAAAUUUCUGCUGAUUUGAUUCUAAACUUUCUAAAAUCGCAUGCACAUCCACAAUUGCGAAAACGAUUAUUGGAAAAUAAGCCAUUAAUACCAACAACAAUAAGCGAUCAAAUUCGUUUGUGGGAAAUGGAACGAGAUCGUAUUGUCGACCAAGAAGGCAUGCUGUAUAAUCAAUUCAAUACUGCCAGUGAUUUUGAUAUGAUUGAAAAAUAUGCCAGAGACUUGAAUGUAUUACUUUGGAGUAAUGCACAAAAACGAUGUAUUAUUGUAUCAAAAGUAGGCCAUGAAGAAGUAAGACGUUUCUGGAAAAUGCAACGAACGAAAACAAGCAAUGAAAAUUGA